UCUUUCUUACUCCAAUCUGCGUCGGCGACUUCUUCUUCUUCGAGGGAUGAUUUUGGUUACUUGGUUAGUUUCUUCGAUUUGAAAUCAAUAUUUUUUUCAACAAAUAAUGGAAGAAUGAUACUGAUGCUGUUAAAGAUGGGUAAGUUCAACUUCCUGCACCAUUUUUCGUUGUCAUGUAUUAUGGACACUCAAAUUCCUAAAGGUGAUCUUGAUUUGGUUAAUAGUGAUAAAUUUGAUGAUUUCCCAUGAGGAAAGAAGUUUUUAAACUCACGCUAGAAUCUUUGAAAAACAAUGUGAAGACGAACUCGAAAGACAAUUAUUAUCGUCUCAAUGGUUUCCCAUAUGCCUUUCGAGUUAGGUUCAACGAGUGUUGUCCGUACUUAAAUGAAAAGUAUUGUCAGAGAAGUGGGGGUAACAUUCCAUGUUCCCUAAAUUGGAUAAAUGACUAUCUUGGGAGAUUUGAAGAGUUUUAUACAACUCUGUCACUGAGCUCGGAAAAGGUACAUAUGAUCUUUUGAAAUUUGACUAUUCACGUAUAUAUAUUUGUGUCCUUCUGAUUUACUUUUUGGUUGCUUUUUAGUUGGAAUUAAGAGAACUAGUUGCAACUUCUAAAGAAAUCGAGAAAUACCGACUCGAUGUUAUUGUUGCUCGUACUAAUGAUGUGAAUAAAGUCACUAGGAUAGCCUGUUUGGAAACUAGUGACGAUGAUUUUGUUGAUCUAGUUCCAAGGUCUACUAAUCGAGUGGCUAAAUCUUCAGAUGAUUUGAUGAAGAAGUUUGAAUAACAAAUGAAAAAAUUAGAGUUAAGUCAGAAAAAAAUCAUUUCGGAAAUAGAUGAAAUGAAAAGUAUUGUGAAAGAACAGCGUUCAUAUUUUGACGUGGAGCUGUUAAAGCUACGUGACUUGGCUCUUAAAAAGGUAUAAAUUAUGUUUCUAUUUGUACAUUGUGAUUUAUUUCAUUUUUUGCGAUUCAAUUUUCAUUUUGUUUGUAUGUUGCGAAUGAGGACACUGAAACUGAUGAUGUACCUCAUCAAGUGAAUGAUGAUUAUUUCACGCCUGAGUGUGUAGUUCCUCGGGAAAAUGUUGUUAAUGAGGUUGCGAAUGAGGAUAUUGAAAAUGAUGAUGUACCUCAUAAAGUAAAUAAUGAUUGUUUCAUACCUGAGUGUGUAAUGCCUCAGGAAAAUCUUAUUAAUGAGGUUUGAAUUAGUGAUGAUCUUCCGAUAAUUAUUGAUGGAUCCAAAACUUGUUCUGUUGAAGAGGAUCCUAAUAAAGAAUCCAAUGCUCAUGAUAAGGGAGAUAGAACUGUUGGUUUUGAUGAUUUAUCUCCUCAUACAAUUGAAGAAUUAGAAGUUGCGAUGAAAGAUUUUGAUAAUAAGAAAACUUCUGAAAAUGAAACAAUAUUGUCCCCUGUUAAUGGAAGAAAUGAGAGUGGAGAUGGUCUUGAGGACAAUUCACAUGUCAUAAAAGUUGUUUUAGAAGAUAUAGGUGGACAUGGGGAUGCAGGGGAUGUUGUAGAGGAGGUUGCUGUUGAUGUUAACAGGGAAGUUGAAGUUGAAGAAAGAGUUGCAUCUGGAGUUGAUGUUGUUGAGUCAGUUAAGAGUGUAGUUGGGACAACAUCAAAUAUGACUUCUAACGUUGUAAGUGGUGUUGCAGAAGUGGAUGCUGAAAACGCUGAGCAUAUAGUUCUUGAGGUUGCACGUGAUAUUAGCAAGCUUGAGUUGGCAAAUGAGACAAUGGAUGAUGUGGAAACUGCUUUCCUAAAAACAAGUUCUGAUUAUAUGAGGGAUGCCGGACUGGUUGCUUCAAAAGUUAGUGUGUUGCGUAACUUUUCGAGUAAGCUUGAUUUGAGAAAUACAAUUAUCCAUUUCCUCGAAGAGCAAUCAAGCGUCCAUGCUAUUUGCAAUCGCUAUUUCUCCAACAUUUUGGGUCUAGUUCAGUUGAAACUGCGAAUGCAACUGAUGUAAAGAAAGUUGUUGGUAUUUGUCCGUUGGAUGAUAAUAUUGGAAAGUUACCAGAAAUGGAGAUGUGUACAGAGUACUACAGUUAGCUAGAUAUUGCACUUUUGCCAAAAAAAUAAGUAAGUUGCUUUUGUGGUUGUUAUUGUGAUAUUAUUAUUGGCCCCGCAGGGGCACUCAUUUUUGUGCAUAUUAUCAUGUAACUUGGUGUAAUUAUAACAGUUUUUAAAUUAUAUUUGUAGUUGCAAAUAUGGUUGCAUGUAGUUGCUUUUUUAGUUGCUUAUGUGGUUAUUUUGUGAUAUUAUUAUUGACCCCGCAGGAGCACUCAUUUUUCUGCAACUUAUUAUGUAACUUGAUGUAAUUUUAACAGUUUUUUAAGUUACAUAUGUAGUUGCAAAUAUGGUUGCAUGUAGUUGUUUUUUUACUUGCUUCUGUGGCUGUUUUUGUGGUAUUAUUAUUGGUCCCGCAAGGACACUCAUUUUUCUACAUUUAAGUUACAUUUGUAGUUGCAAAUAUGGUUGCAUGUAUUUGCAAAAUUGGUUUUUGAGUUGGCUUUUACUUAUUGUAUACUUUUGUGCGAGGAAAAAAAUUUACUCAAGAGAAGAUAAUUUGAUCAGUCCUCCACUGAAAUUGGGAUCAAAGUUAAUAUCCGAGAAGACAUGGUUUCAUACAAUUGAGUAUGGUAGUAGCAAUCUCUCAGACUCACAUGUUAAUGUAAUUUUCUACUACCUGAGGAAGAUAUCAAAGUACAAUGCAAAUUGUAAGAUGAGAUUUACUACCACUAAUACGAAGUUUGAGAGGAAGAUUGUUUCUAUUGAUGAUAAUUCUGAUUCUGAUGACAUUGUUUCCAACUCGAGUGUGAAGCAAGAUGUCUUAGAUGAAAUAAAUGGUUCUUUCCUGCCAUUUAGUACUCUUCGGAUGUCUGUUGAUAUUGUUUUAAUUCCAAUUUGGUUGCCUGAGCAGAAGCAUUGGCUUCUUGCUAUUUUAAACUUUUGUGAACGAGAACUCCAUGUUUAUAGUACUUUGUCUAUUCAUGGAGCUGCUUUCCAUUGUCUACGCUGCUCCCGUAUUAUUUGGACGAGGUUGGUUUUUACUCAAGGACCGAUGUUGAUUUCUCUGCCAAGUGUUAUACGGUUCAGGGAAGAACUAACUACAUUAGAUCGAUCACGGCACGUUGCUAUCCUCGUAAAACACCCAGAUAUAUGAUUAUGAUAGUGAGACUGAAUAUGCCGAUGCUGGGAAUGAAAAGGAAGUGAUGGUCCAGUGAAAAUUUCACCAAAGAGGGGAAUCGUGACAGAAAGAAACAAAUCAAAGAUUGUGGAAGGAAGGGGAAGCUUGCAAAAGUUAAAGAAGCAAGAAAGAGAAUAAAAAUACAUAGAUCUCGAAUUGUAGAUUUCAUUUUGUUGUUGAUUGACAAAAGUAAUGGCUACGCAGUGGUUCAGUUCCGUUCAAGUUUUAUGUUUAAGGGUGCAUGACCAAUUUAUAAAAUAGGUGCACGUGCAAAUGCAAUUAUAUAUUUAACUGAUAAUUUUAGUUUAUCA